UAUGGAGACAAAAACCGGGAAAUGGAUGCUCACGACAAUUCUUCUCUGCCUUUCGGUUUUAUCAUCUUCAGAGGCUGCACAAGUAACCCAAAUAACCACACCAUUACAACCAACAGGAGGGAUCACCAAUUCACCAACAAAGCUACAAGAGAACCAGAACCAACCAAUUCUUGGUCAGCCAUCUUCCUCUUCUCCUGUAAACCAGCCUUUAACCGGGGUAAAUCAACCAUUAACAGGAUUUAAUCAGCCAUCAUCAACUGGACUUAACCAGCCAAUUCUUGGUCAGCCAUCAUCCUCUUCUUCUGUAAACCAACCUUUAACCGGAACAAAUCAGCCAUUAACCGGUUUUAAUCAACCAUCAUCAACUGGAGUCAACCAACCAAUUCUUGGUCAGCCAACUUCCGUAAACCAACCUUUACCUGAGGUUAAUCAACCAUCAUCAACUGGAUUCAACCAAGGGUCGUCGUCUUCUUCUGCUCAAAACCAGCCCUUUGCGAAUCGUCUCAACCAGAACAGUCUCACUGGGGUUCCAUUUAUUAAUGCAGCAAACUCGAAGUUGAAUGUCUCCGGCGCAAAUAUUGUCUUUAUCUGGAUAGGUCUUUUCCUUGCUUUGCACGGUACAAACAGAAACUGAACCGAGCUUACUCAUCAUAUGGCGAUUGGCGUGUCUGUAUAGUCUCAUCAUAUUUGUUUUAUAACUUGUCUUUACUUUGUCGUGGAUUGGAUUCUAGUUUAAGAGUGUGUGUAUGUAUAAUUACGGAAAAUGUUAUUUUUUCUUCUUUUUGUUA